ACCCGCAGGGAGACAUUCUGCAUCAUUUGCUGCUUGCUGCAUCCAACUGUGCUCACCUGCUGUCAUCUUGGACACCACUGAGCAGCUGUAGGAAGAGCUAUGAAGUCAUUCAACCUGAUCCUCUUCCUCCUCGCUGGACUGGGAUCCAAGGCUGCCCCCUCAGCCCCUCUGCCUUUGGCCUCCGACUUUCCGGGAAUGGGCCACCCCUCUGAAAUCUUACAUCCUGCUUUUGAAAAUUCCACUGGAGAUCAGCCUAACCCGGAAUUCCCUGGGAAUGUUUAUCCUGAGCCCUCAAAGAAACCUCAUGCAAUUUCCCUCGAGGCCUCCCUCCUUGACUUCACCGAGACCCCCAAUCCUGACCUCCAAGACACCCCACACCCAGAGUCUCCUGGAACCCCCAAGGCUGACCCACUCACAACCUCAAUAUCAGAAUCCCUGGACACCCCCAAAACUAACGCCUCCAAAAAAACUCACCCAGAGCCUUCUGAGGCCCCCAACCCUAAUCCCUCUAAAACUUCACACCCAGAAUUUCCUGAGACCCCAAACACUAACCCUAUGCAAACUACACAUCAAGAAUCCCCAGAGAGUCCCAAACUUAAUGCCACUGAAAUCUCACAUGCAGCAAUCUCCAAGACCCCAAAUCCUGACCCCACCAAGACCCUUGACCCCAAAUCUCCAGAAACCCAUGACCCUGACAUCACAGAGACCCCAAAUUCUGAAUUUCCCCAGACCCUCCAUCCUGACCCUACUGAGACCUCCCACCCAGAAUCCCACGUGACCCACGACCCCAUCCGGACUGAAAUUUCCCAAACAGAAUUUCCCACAACCCACUACCAAAGUGCAACAGAUGUUUCCAUGACCUCUGACCCUGAAACCUCCGCUAGUCUUUACCCAGAAACGCCUGCACCCUUCAAGGAUGAAGCUACUGCCCUAAAUGAGCUGCCCCCGAAUCCCAAACCAGAAACCCUUGCAACUACCCAGGCUGCUUCCCCUGAAUUGCUGGUCUCAGACUCUCCAGGAACCACUGAGCUGAGGGCUCCCCAGAACUCUAGCCCUAAGGAUCCUGACACCCCUGCUUCCUCAGUCCGGAUUGCAGGCCCUCCUGCUCUUCCAGGGCCCCCCAAUCAGCUGGCCUCUGCCACUCUGCGGGCCUCCCAGCAGCGCAGUGGAGGUGAGAGCGUCAACACCAUCAUCGUGGUGGAACGAGUGAAGGAGACAGCGGUUAGAGUGUCCGACACCGAGAUCCGUUCGCUGUGA